ACUGCUCACAUGUAUUGGCUGAAGACGCGAUAAAAUUCAGCAAUGCGUUUUGUCAUUCGCUAAUGUCGAGCCGAGGCGUCUGUUGUUACGUCGACUGCGUCCUCGAAUAAGGAUAUUUAGUGAAGAAAUGUACGUGUUUCACAAUCCAAAACAACCUCCUGCUGCUAUUUUACUAGAGGAAGGCUCCAGUUGAACUCAUGGAAACAAGGGGGAUUGUGGAAAAUGUCCAACUCCGCUAAAAAAGGGAGACAAGGAGAAAAGUUGCCCCUGAAAUCCACAGGAAACCAGAGCAAUCUGUUUUCUAGGGCUUCUCAUGAUCUCAGAAGGCUGCGGUUGCUGCUUGCCAAAACCGGCCCCAGACAAGAGGUGGCAGCAUUGAGUCACAGUAAAGCACGCAGCAGUGGAGCCAGCAGAUCACAAGGCCCGCAUCAUCAGAAAGACGCCAACAGACAACGCAGUGAGAGAGACAUCAACAGUGAGGCCGCUGAGCUGGAAAAAUUCAGCAUGACAUACAGAGACCAGAGAUGCUUCACUGGACACCCACUGCAUAAACUCUUCUCCGACAUCCUUGUGUCUUUGGUCAAGAACCGCCUUUGCAGUGAAUGGAUUGACCAUGCAGCACCUGAGUCCGUCCUGAGGGUUCUAAUCUGCCUGCGAUUAUUAAUCAGAGAUCCUCACCAUCAGAUAAUCCUCCAUCAGCUCCAGGGCAUCAGUUUACUGGCCAGGUAUAUGGAGUCUGUCACUGCCAUGUACAUAUCUUGUGAUGAACAGGCGUUUUCUGCGCAGAAGCUGGUCACAAUGACCCACAUGUUCCAGAAGCUGUCUGCCGUUGAAAGUCAAAGGGCCUGGGUCACCGAGAGCGGUGCUCACAAGACCAUGGUGAAGCUCCUCUCCACAACCGAUAGCAGCGUACUGCUGGGAGCCAUGCUGGCACUCACCACUUUGGCAGAAAGUUCCGAAUGCAAGGAGGAGAUUGGGGAGCCACCGAUAGUAGAGAACCUUCUCGUAAUACUGCAGGAACAUGACCUGCUGUCGAAGAGGAUAAGUGCGGAGCUGCUGAGGCUCCUGUCGCCGGUGCGGCAGGUGAGGGACCAGGUGAGGGAGCUGGAGGGGCUGCCCGUGCUGCUGAGCCUGCUGCACGGCCAGCACCUGAAGCUGCUGUGGAGCAUUGCCUGGGUCCUGGUCCAGCUCUGCGAGGAUCCCAACACCAGGACGGAGAUCCGGAGCUGGGGCGGGGUUCAGCAGCUGCUCUGGCUGCUCAACAGUGACAGGCGGUAUGUCUCCGAUCGCUCCUCCAUCGAGACGCUCUCCAGCGCCAACGCUGCCGGUCGCAUCCGGCGAGAACACAUCAGAGAGGAGCUCAGCCCACAGGAGGAGGUGGACAACACCGUGGCCCUGCAGUCAGCCUGCUGUACAGCUUUGACUGAGCUUAGUCUGGAUGACGCAUCUGCUCACUACAUUGUGCGGGAAAAUGGGGUCUACAUUAUAGCAAAGUUGAUUCUACCACAAAAUUCUGGAGCAAAGGUCACGACUUUGCAGUGCUAUGCAUUUCGGACCCUCCGGUUUCUCUUCAGUGUGGAGAGAAACAGGCAUCAGUUUAAGAGGCUCCUUCCCACAGACCUCUUUGAGUUGUUUAUUGAUGUUGGCCACUAUGUGCGGGACCUCGCUGCUUAUGAGGGACUGCAGACCAAAGUUUCACUCUACACUGAAGAGGAGCUGGACAGUCUGAGAGAGAGCAUCGAGGCUGUGGACCAGAACCGACCUCCCCUUAAAGUCAUCAACGGUUACUCUGUUCUGGACCAUCUGGGCACUGGGGCAUUUGGAAGCGUCUUCAAGGUCCGAAAGCAGAGCGGCCAGAACCUCCUGGCUCUGAAGGAGGUGAACCUGCACAACCCGGCUUUUGGCAAAGACAAGAGGUCCAGAGACAGCAACGUGGAGAAAAUCAUCUCUGAGCUCACAAUCAUCAAAGAACAGAUGAUACACCCAAACGUUGUUAAAUAUUACAGGACAUUUUUGGAAGGUGACAGGCUAUACAUCGUGAUGGAGCUGAUUGAGGGAGUGCCGCUGGCUGAACAACUCACCUCUCUGAAGGAGAAGCAGCAGCAGUUCACUGAAGACAGAAUUUGGAAGAUUUUCAUACAGAUGUGCCUGGCACUGAGGUACCUGCACAAGGAGAAGAGAAUAGUGCACCGCGACCUCACACCAAACAACAUCAUGCUGGGGGAGAAGGACAAAGUCACAAUCACUGACUUCGGCCUGGCCAAGCAGAAGCAGGAAAGCAGUAAGCUGACGUCAGUGGUCGGCACCAUCCUUUACUCCUGUCCGGAGGUGGUGAAGAACGAGCCUUAUGGGGAGAAGGCUGACGUCUGGGCUUUAGGGUGUGUCCUCUACCAGAUGGCCACUUUACAUCCUCCAUUCAACAGUCUCAACAUGCUAUCACUCGCCAGCAAGAUCGUCAAGGCAGUUUAUGAUCCGAUUGAAGAAGGCGCUUUUUCAGAGAGAGUGACAGACAUGAUCAGAUGGUGUUUGAGUCCAGAUGCAGACCAGCGGCCGGACAUUGUGGCCAUCAGUUCCAAGAUCUCUGACCUCAUGAUGAGGCUGAUGGACGGCCUCUACACUUCCCAGAAUGCACUGGAAAGAAGAGCUGAGAGAGACAGGAAACGAGCACAAAAGUAUUUCCUGGAGAGGCACAAAAGCAGUAGGAACUCCUGCCUCUUGGACCUGUCGCAGGAAACAUCCUUAAUGAAAGCUGAACAUCCGACUCCACCCUCUUCUUCUGCCUGCAGUUCGAACCACAGCGAGCAACUAAUGUGUCAAGAAGAUGCCUCAGAUGAUGACGCUGAAGAUGAUGAUCCACAAAACAGCACCACUAUCUGUGUAGGAAAACACUGUGGGCUGAAGUCCAGUAACUGCAUCACACCUGACCAAAUCCUAUCUAGCGGGGAUUCUGCUGCAGUAAGGAUGAAACCAAGACCAGUGUCAGCAGGGAUCUGCGUCUCCCAGAAGAAGCUACGACAGAUUGAGGAUCCCAGCCAGAGGCUCCUUGUGCAGCUGCACAAAAUCCUCUUCAUCUCUCAACUCCCACCAGCUCCACACGGCAACAUCAAGCGACGGGUCAUAGAACGAUUUAAAAAGUCUCUGUUCCACUAUGGAAGCGAUCCGUGCAACCUAAAAGUGGAGCUCAGCAAGCUCCUCCAGGCAUCUCCAGAGCUGAUGGAAUUAGACUCAUCCAGUGCAGACUGGUGGCCUCUGGUUCAACACUUCACCAGAGACCCGCUCGCUGUCGACAGCACAGAUGAUGGGAAUCUCAAAGAGGGAGUUACCUAUCAGCAGAUGCAGGGGAUCAUAGAGGAGCUGCUGGAGGAGAACGGUUACUACGAAGCAACAACCAGCAGGGCAGCAGAGAGAAGAAAUGACCAUCGUCCAUAUACAUCCUCAUAAGUCACAGAAGUAGCUUGUGAAGCUUUUCUGAAUUUAUUUAUUGCAUCAGCCUGAAUUCAAAAUGAUACUGUCUGUGCACUUAAAAUAUGAUGAAUCGUAUUCAAAGUGUUUAUUUAUCUAUCAUAGAAACCUAUGAAAAUCACAAGUGAAAACAUGUAUUAGUUGUACACAAUCUGGUGAAGACAUUGCAGGUUAUUGUAGUGACAAGGUUUGGGCUGUAGCAUCACCUCACUCAUCAUCGAUUCUCAGGGGUUGACUGUUUAUACAAAUAUGAUGUGACUGUGUUAAUCUUUAAAGAAAAAUUCACUAUAUUACCCUUGUGUUUUUAAAGGUUAAAGAUGAUUUAGAUUUGUUUUUUAAUGAUAAGUUCGAAAUUCAAAAAUCCUGGGAGUGUUUGACCCAUCAAAAGUGAACUGGCCUCCAAAGUGCAUCACACAAACCAAGAAAAUAAACAACUGACUUAACAGGCAGAACUAUCCGAAGCCAUUUAUCUGCCGCUGGGUUCAGCCGCUCUGCUCUUCUGCUUUUUGUUUUUUUCAGGUUUGCCUUAUUAAGCACUUUAAAUUCUUGGGACAAACCUCUGGUGGUUUGACUGUUUAACUCCUCGCAGCGUGUGUUUCAAGUGGCUGCGAGCCAGUUUCCUCAUUCGCUUCACUUUCAAAGAGCUGAUAAGAAACCAGGCCUCCCUUCACCUUAAUUCAACAUUGGUUUUCAUCUAUCACACAUAUCACAGUGUUUGACUGCAGCUUUGGCAGACGUGAGAAGCGGGUCAUGAUAAUAAUAAUAAAUUUCAUUUAUAGAGCAUUUUUCAUUUCAAAGGGUCAGAUGUUUUGAAAUUGAAUCUGUGAAACACUUUAAAUCUAAAAUAUAUAUUUUUUCUAUGUUAUUCACUGCAUGUUCAUUGUCAUGGUAAGAGUUGACGGCAGCUUAAUAUAAGCUUUCUUGUGCACUUUGAUCCAAAAGGGAUUCAUCAGUAUAAUGUGUACGUAAAGAGUUGCAAACUAUUUAAAAAGGAUUCAUUAAAUAAACACCUUUAAAUGCA